AUGGCUUCCAAAAUCCUCGUCAUCGGGGGCACCGGCGCCCAAGGCAUGCCCAUCAUCCAAGCUCUUGUGCAAGACAAGAAAUACUCCUGCCGCGUGCUCACGCGGGACGUGGCCUCUGCGCGGGCCAAAUAUCUCGCGUCUCUCGGAAACGUAGAACUGGUAGAAGGCACAUUUGCCAACGAGCACGACCUGCGGCGCGCCUACCACGGCUGCGACGGCGCGUUUGUCAACAUUGACGGGUUCAAUUGCGGCGAGAAAGCCGAGAUUUUCUGGGCAAUUCGGUGCUACGAGCUUGCCAUUGAGGCAGGCGUUGUGUUUUAUGUGUACGCCAAUUUGGACUAUGCGUAUAAAAAGUCGGGAUAUAAUCCCCUGUUUCGGGCGGGACAUUAUGAUGGCAAAGGACGCGUGGCGGAGUUUAUCCUUGCGCAGAACAGCAGCAACAAAGACAAUAACGACAAUAAGAACGGCAACAAUAACAAAAAUAACAAUAACGACAAUAACGGUAAGAUGAAUACGAAUACGUUGAGUAGCAGCGGCUCCACGAACAGCGCGGGAACCAUGGGAGUCGCGGCGUUUACGACAGGACCAUAUAUUGAAAUGACCAUUGGAGCCAACACGCCCAUGACGCCGAGUAUCGAAGAAGGAGACGACGACGGCAACAGCGCAAUCGUAACAUGGCGCGUCCCUCUUGGCGACGGCGCAGUCCCGCACGUCGCGCUCGACGACUGCGGCUACUACGUGCGGUGGCUGUUUGACCACCCCGAGCGAGCACACGGGAUGGAUCUCGAGGUGGCUAUUGAACAUAUCCGCUAUGCGGACCUAGCGCGGGCGUUUGAGAAAGUGACGGGCCAUCCGGCGCGGUAUGUUGAUGUCAGCCUGGAGGAGUACUGGGACAGUGGGCCCAUGGCGGGAUCAGCGUCGCGCGGGACAGGGUAUAAUGCGGACCCAGAGGACGCGGCGACAAUGUCGAUCAAGGACAAUUUCACGGGGUUCUGGAACAUGUGGAAAUACUCGGGCGGGAAUGUGGGUGUGAUUCAGAGAGACUAUGCGUUGCUCGAUGAGAUUUUCCCGAGCAGGAUCAAGAGCGCGGAAGAAUGGUUCAGGCGGGAAGAUGAGCUGGGCAGGAAGUCGGGUAAGGGGUCGUUGUGGGAGAGGGUCCAGAAGGGGAAUUUGAAGCCCGUGAUGAAGUUGGUGGAGGAUAGGCUGAGUGGUCGGCUGUGAGGAGAUGGGUUUGGAUGAAUAUGUAGUGUGUGCCUCCGCCCCCCAAAUGUAUAUUAUGAGUAUGGUAGCGGUUUUGUUUGAGUUCUGUAAUGAAAUAAAUUUUCUGUUGUUAUUGGUAUUGUGUGAGUUGU